AUGGCCGGCGAAGUCUUUGAAAGUGAAAAAUCUCAGAGCCGAUACGCCGAUACACGCUGGGAUUCGAACAGGGCUAAACCAGCACCAGGCUCUGAAGUUCCAGUGAUCUUGGAUGGGGGUCCACCAGCCUACUGGUGGCUGGAUCACUACCCACGCUUAGCUGAACGAGCCCAAGAACUGGGAAUGGUGGACAUCAUACAACGCCCCGGAGAUACCAUCUUCGUGCCUUCGGGCUGGUGGCAUGCCACGCUCAACUUGCCGGAGAGCUCCGAGGAUGUGACGGUGGCUUGCACGCGGAACAUUUUUCCAGCGGAGACGCUGGACUUUGUUUUCCCGGAGAUGAAAAAGAGCGACCCGGCUUUUGCCCGUGCGUUUCUGGAGAUUCUCCAGGAGAAGCGGCCAGAGCUCAUGAGGUUCCUACCGGCAGCCUCGGAGACGAGCAAGCCCGAGCUGGUGGGAGAGGACCCGUCUUGGCAGCUUCCACGACGUCACUUCAGCUCCUUGAGCUUGGCGGAGUGUCGGCGGCGCUUCAUCCGCCCCAAGCAGCCCUUGAUCAUCGAGGGCUUAGAUCCCUACUUGGUGUCACCUGAGACCUGCCAUCUCUCUCGAGACUUUCUCAGCCGGCACUUCGGAGAGAAGAUGGUGGCCGUGUUCCGGAACUUCCGAGACCCCAAGCAGCGGGAUGCCGAGGAUGAGAUGGAGGUGAUGCGCUUGUACCUGUACGACGUGUCCCUUCCGCUCAAGCUCCCGGGGCUCUUGGAAUACCUAAAGCUUCCUCGUUACUUCACCCAUUGCUACCUGCAGCAGACCAUGAGGCCGCAUUGCUUCAGCAAGAGUUGGCCGACGCUCUUCAUUGGAUCGGCUGGAUCACAGGCCAGACUCCAUGUGGAUCAAUGGCACAGCCACUUCUGGAUGCACUUGAUCUCCGGCCGAAAGCGUUGGAGCAUUUGGCAUCCAGAGGACACCCACCUGCUCUGUCCAGAGGUUUUGCCGGGCAAAGUCUUCCCGCGAUUUCCUGACCUGAGUGAUCUAGAGGCCGGCAAAAAUGGGGCGGAUGGUUUCCACCAAGCACGACGGAUUGACGUGAUCUUGGAAGAGGGCGAGACAUUGUUUGUGCCUGGUGGUGCUCCGCACUUGGUGGUGAACCUGACCGACACUGUGGCCUUUGCGGGCAACUUUAUGGACGAGUCCAACUUCGACGAAGCGUUGGCUGAUGUGAAGAAAAUGGUUUCCAUGGAGGGCAAGGGCGAAGAGGGAGCAAUGGCAGGGUUUGCAGCGGCUUUGGAGGAAAUGGUGUUUGAUCCCGACAAAUCGAUGCACGAGGAACCGCUCCCGGGAACGAUGCUGGCGGUGCGUUUCAGCGACUUCUCCCAGGGACGUGCUGCAGGCUGGGGCCCCAUUCCUCCAGACGAAGAUGGUUGAUGUCGAGUGUGAGUUGCGGUGUAGCUGCGUAGCACGGCUGGAUGCCCGGAGCGAGGUGAACGUCCGGCCGAACUUGUACAUAAGCCGAGGCGAAAAGAGGAG